UGGAGCCGCCCAUGCAGAAGGUCAGCGCGAUAACAGCCCCGGCAUUCCGGCCAAGCAACAAAUGAUGCAACGGGCUGCGACUGCGUCUAAGAAUCUUAAUCUUUAAAUAAUGCCUGCCAGGCGCCAGGUCCUGUUUUAUUUUGUUAGUUUAGCGGUGGCUCCACGGUCAUCACUUUAAAAAGCGAUCCCCCAGCCUUGCGCACUGGACCUGAAUAGAAUACACCCCCAGUAUGCCCGGUGUCCCCUCUAGCCGUGGUUGCGAUGCCUGCCGCAGACAAAAAAAGAAGUGCGAUCAACUCAAACCUGCGUGUACGAGAUGCACUCGUCUCCAGAUUCCUUGUGUGGGGUCUGGGCAGAGACGAUUCACGUUCAAGGAGGGCUACUCCUCCAAAGGCCAAGGCGCUAUCAUGCUAUCGAGCACAACACAAAUUCCAAGCAAUGACACAAUGGACAUUACCAGAGACUUUAUAGAAGUCCUUCAGGUGACCGACGUCCGAUACGACGUGACGUGGUAUGGCCCGUUUCUGGAGAAUCUGCCCCGGCGCAUUGGGUCCAGCCCGGCCCUCGAUGCAGCGAUAGGCGCGGUGACCAGUGCUGUAAAAGCCCUGCGCACGCGACAAAAUUAUCCAGACGCAAUCGCACGAUAUGUCAAAGGUUGGAAGGCUUUGCGGACGUGUUUGAGUGACCCGGUUCAAACGAAGUCAAUACACACCGUGUGUGCCAUCUACCUGAUGAUGAUCUGCCAGAGCUGGGUUGGGACACCAGAUGAUCAUUUUGCAAACCACGGAGAAAUCCUCGCACAAAUCCUCAACGCGGCAAUGUCUCAAGCCGGGAGAGGGAAGUUCGAAGACAACAUGAUUGUCACCUUGAGUAUGCCGGUGGUCAUGCAAAGCAUUGUCGAUCCAAGCGCGCCUCUUGGGUCUUGGUUCUGGGCAAUCGCCAAAUCAUACGAACCGAGACGACCAAUCCUCAGCAACCAUGGGGGCCGCAUCCCAAGCCUUCAGUUCUAUGUUAUGGCCCAGAUUACACAAUGGCUCCGAGAUCCGGGUCUGCACCUAAUCGAAAUCCACAACGCAUAUAAUCAACUUCUCGCCGAUUGCGUAACCAUGCGGUCGGUACUCGACAAGAUAGCAGAUAUGGACUCAGCCGGUAUCACACAAUCAAGACUGCAUACACGCCCGCAAGCUGUGUAUUCAAUGCUCCUCUGCCUCGCUCUCGUUUUGAACCAGGUGACACGCAUCUUCGACCCGAACAGCAGCUCGUUAGCUGAUGAAGCAACCGAUUUGAUUAACGAAGCCAUUUGGCUUGCACGGCUUGCAGAUCGAUACCGACCUUUUGGAGUAAGCUUCAUGCCUGUUUCGCUGGUGAUGGCGUGGACAGCAGCAGAGGACGUGGCUGUGAAGAAACAGGUACAGGAUAUCCUGGUCGGCUAUGAGAGAGAUUUUCCUGCGGUAAGAUGGGUCCAGACGUGUUUCUGGAUGCAGAAUAAGUAUAGUGAGAUGCGACGGACUCAGUUGGACGCGAUCUUUUCAGUUUCAUGUUGAGAGGGAAAGGAUGUUUUGUUUGUGUUCUAAGGGAGUUCGGAGGAUCAUGUGCCUGCUCUUAGCGAUUCACUACGCUUCUCUUCUGAAUGUACGCUUCAGCGAGUUCAUUAAUGUAACUUCAAUUAAAUAGGAAUACCAUGAAUAUGUUGAAUGUUGAAUACUUAAAAUACAAAGGAGAAAUAACGACCGUUAAUUCCAAAACUAUCCCCAGUCUAUCGGGCCCGUCCCCUGCUUCAAGAUUAACCACCCUCGAAUUCCUCUCCGACUUCUUCGAUGAAAUCAGGAAUCUUGUAGCGGAGCCGAUGCUCAGCUUCAA